AUGGGCCAGGACUCGCCUGCGCACUUUAACGGGAAAAAUGCCGCUGAUUUCGUCGAAUUCGAGGCGGAUCUGCAUUAUUGUGAUUUAAAGCAACUGGUAAAAGCAAGGAUACCAGUACCGUUGCCAGCCGGCACUGACGUGGAAGAAUUCUUCUCUCACAUCGUCACGACGCAGCAGGUUCCUAUGCCCUUUCGACAAGAACUUUCUCAAAAGCUACGGACGUUUUUGAGAAAAGAGCGGCUACGGAUCGAGGGCGAAAGAGAUGAUCUUUUGGUUGCCGAAAAGUUUAAUACGGACGUGCUGGAAUCACCCUCUGCAAGACAAUUCGCGAUUGAAAGAACACUGGACCAUCGCGUUACGACUUCAAAGCUGGCCGAUUAUUUCACGUUCAUCAUUGAGAACUCGAGUGCUGAACGGUUGACGUUUCUGAUGGACAAAGAAAUAGAGAUGGGAAUUCAGAUGAGCACGCUGAUUCGGGCAAGAGACUGGGAGCUUGAGAUGCAGCGGAUGGAAUGCGAGAAGGUUGUGGAGAAUGUCCAUACCGAUUCUCAGCCGAACGAGCUGUCUGCGCUGAACGAAAAGAUUCGGGAGAUCCACGAGUCUUACACCAAUGCUAUCAAGGAUUUGGCGGAGAGGCAGCGAGAAGAAUUUCGGACGUUGAUCACUGCGAUUUAUGAGCGAGACGAGAUUCCGCGUGAACUCUGUGGGCAUGCUGGGAAUGCGGCUGUGAGCGGUCUACCUCCCGCUCCCUCCGAUGACCUCGAAGAACGAUCCCGCUUCGAUGAGAGCUUCACGAUUUAUUUAGGCGCGCAAAUGAAGACCAUGCACAACGUCCGGCUACUGGAAAAUCGAAGCCUUUUGAAUCGAAAGCUUGGAGACAACCCAUCUCAACGACUACAAUCUUCAAUGAGUAUUUAUCGACGUGGAGAGCUUCAUGGAAUUAUCCUACUGGUUGACAAGGAUCCACUGUGGCAUAGAAAUAAAAGGACAGAAUUUGCCCGCCUAUGUGAACACUCGACUGAAUUGCACUUCGACACUCUUUCUACUCAACUUGAAGAGAUUGAGUCGAUGACCCGAAAAGCAAAUUCUUGGCGCCGUGAAGAAGCUUUGCAUAAAGUGGCAAGUGGUGAAAGUUUGCAGACACCUUUUGAUGCAGACGAACAACGUGAGGAUGGAAGUCUUCUAAUAGGAGACUUGUACCUGACACGUCAUUCGAGCCUUCUUGACGUCCAGGUAGUUUUCCACCUCGUCGUUGAUCAAUCCAUCAAAACAAUGGAACUUUCAAGCCGGCAUCCUUGUUUGGCUGGCUUUCGCAACGUGAUCCGAGCAUGUGCCCGAUUCGGAAUUACGACCAUCGAUAUUCCGUUGCUUUUGUCGGAAGAUGUUCAUCCGGAAAUGACGCCAGCUUGGUGUCUUCGAAGAGCAGAACUUGUUUUUAAGUGCGUCAAGGGCUACUUGAUGGAAGUAUGCAGUUCCGGAUGGGGAUCAAGCGCGCCCGGUGGCCCAGCAGUCACGCAUUCGCCACAUUAUAACAUCAAUUUCACAUUGCCUGCCGGACUCCCAGCCCCGAUUCUCACUCAAAUCACUGCAAUGUUUCCGGGAAUCUUUCAAUUGGUCCCUGCUAAAGGUCUG